CCUCCGAGCAGGAAGCUCGCGCCGCCGUCGCCGCUGCCGCCGCUCAGCUUCCCCGGGCGCGUCCAGGACCCGCUGCGCCAGGAGCGCCGUCCCCGGACCCGGCGUGCGUCCCCACGAGGAAGGGGACCCCGCUGCUCCAGCCGCCUCGCCGCCCGGCGUCCUGCCGCCUUCGCCACUCACCGGCGAGGGGUCCCGGAGCCAGCCGCACCCGCCCUUGCCCCCAGCCCCGCAGCCCUCCCGCCCUGCGCGCCAUGAACGCCCCCGGGCAGCAGCUCGAACCCGACGGUGGGGACGCCCCAGGCCAUGAGCCCGGGGGCAGCCCCCAGGACGAGCUUGACUUCUCCAUCCUCUUCGACUAUGAGUAUAUGAAUCCGAACGAAGAAGAGCCGAAUGCACAUAAGGUCGUCAGCCCACCCUCCGGACCCGCAUACCCCGAUGAUGUCCUGGACUAUGGCCUCAAGCCAUACAGCCCCUUUACCAGUCUCCCGGGCGAGCCCCCCGGCCGAUUCGCAGAGCCCGAUAGGGUAGGGCCGCAGAACUUUCUGAGCCCGGCCAAGCCAGCAGGGGCCUCGGGCCUGAGCCCUCGGAUCGAGAUCACUCCGUCCCACGAACUGAUCCAGGCAGGGGGGCCCCUCCGCAUGAGAGACGCGGGCGUGGAGCAGGUGCCCCUGGCCGGGGUGGCCGCCAGCCCGAGGUUCACGCUGCCUGUGCCCGGCUUCGAGGGCUACCGCGAGCCGCUUUGCUUGAGCCCCGCUAGCAGCGGCUCCUCUGCCAGCUUCAUUUCUGACACCUUCUCCCCCUACACCUCGCCCUGCGUCUCGCCCAAUAACGGCGGGCCCGACGACCUGUGUCCGCAGUUUCAAAACAUCCCUGCUCAUUAUUCCCCCAGAACCUCGCCAAUAAUGUCACCUCGAACCAGCCUCGCCGAGGACAGCUGCCUGGGCCGCCACUCGCCCGUGCCCCGUCCGGCCUCUCGCUCCUCGUCGCCUGGUGCCAAGCGGAGGCAUUCGUGCGCCGAGGCCUUGGUUGCCCCGCUGCCCGGAGCCUCACCCCAGCGCUCCCGGAGCCCCUCGCCGCAGCCCUCAUCUCACGUGGCAUCCCAGGACCACGGCGCCCCGGCUGGGUACCCCCCUGUGGCUGGCUCUGCAGUGAUCAUGGAUGCCCUGAACAGCCUCGCCACGGACUCGCCUUGUGGGAUCCCCCCCAAGAUGUGGAAGACCAGCCCUGACCCCUCGCCGGUGUCCGCCGCCCCAUCCAAGGCCGGCCUGCCCCGCCACCUCUACCCGGCCGUGGAGUUCCUGGGGCCCUGCGAGCAGGAGGAGAGGAGAAACUCGGCUCCGGAAUCCAUCCUGCUGGUCCCACCCACUUGGCCCAAGCAGCUGGUGCCUGCCAUUCCCAUCUGCAGCAUCCCAGUGACUGCAUCCCUCCCUCCGCUUGAGUGGCCGCUCUCCAGUCAGUCAGGCUCUUAUGAGCUGCGGAUCGAGGUGCAGCCCAAGCCACAUCACCGGGCCCACUAUGAGACAGAAGGCAGCCGAGGGGCUGUCAAAGCGCCAACUGGGGGCCACCCUGUGGUUCAGCUCCAUGGCUACAUGGAAAACAAGCCUCUGGGACUUCAGAUCUUCAUUGGGACAGCUGAUGAGCGGAUCCUUAAGCCACACGCCUUCUACCAGGUGCACCGAAUCACGGGGAAAACUGUCACCACCACCAGCUAUGAGAAGAUUGUGGGCAACACCAAAGUCCUGGAGAUCCCCCUGGAGCCAAAAAACAACAUGAGGGCAACCAUCGACUGUGCGGGGAUCUUGAAGCUUAGAAAUGCCGACAUUGAGCUGCGGAAAGGUGAGACGGACAUUGGAAGAAAGAACACGCGGGUGAGGCUGGUUUUCCGAGUUCACAUCCCAGAGUCCAGCGGCAGGACCGUGUCUUUGCAGACUGCAUCUAACCCCAUUGAGUGCUCCCAGCGAUCUGCCCACGAGCUGCCCAUGGUUGAAAGACAAGACACGGACAGCUGCCUGGUGUAUGGCGGCCAGCAAAUGAUCCUCACGGGGCAGAACUUCACGGCUGAGUCCAAAGUUGUGUUUACUGAGAAGACCACAGAUGGGCAGCAAAUUUGGGAGAUGGAAGCCACGGUGGAUAAGGACAAGAGCCAGCCCAACAUGCUUUUUGUUGAGAUUCCCGAGUAUCGGAACAAGCACAUCCGCACACCUGUAAAAGUGAACUUCUAUGUCAUCAACGGAAAAAGAAAACGAAGUCAGCCUCAGCACUUUACCUACCACCCAGUCCCAGCCAUCAAGACGGAGCCCACGGAUGAGUAUGACCCCACUCUGAUCUGCAGCCCCACCCAUGGGGGCCUGGGGAGCCAGCCUUACUACCCCCAGCACCCGAUGGUGGCCGAGUCCCCCUCCUGCCUCGUGGCCACCAUGGCUCCCUGCCAGCAGUUCCGCACGGGGCUCUCAUCCCCUGACGCCCGCUACCAGCAACAGAACCCAGCAGCCGUGCUCUACCAGCGGAGCAAGAGCCUGAGCCCCAGCCUGCUGAGCUACCAGCAGCCGGCCCUCAUGGCCGCCCCGCUGUCCCUGGCGGACGCUCACCGCUCUGUGCUGGUGCACGCCGGCUCCCAGGGCCAGAGCUCAGCCCUGCUCCACCCCUCUCCGACCAACCAGCAGGCCUCGCCGGUGAUCCACUACUCGCCCACCAACCAGCAGCUGCGCUGCGGAAGUCACCAGGAGUUCCAGCACAUCAUGUACUGCGAGAAUUUCGCACCAGGCACCGCUAGGCCUGGCCCGCCCCCGGUCAGUCAAGGUCAGAGGCUGAGCCCGAGUUCCUACCCCACCGUCAUUCAGCAGCAGAAUGCCACGAGCCAAAGAGCCACCAAAAACGGACCCCCAGUCGGUGACCAAAAGGAAGUAUUACCUGCAGGAGUGACCGUCAAACAGGAGCAGAACCUGGACCAGACCUACUUGGAUGACGAGCUGAUAGACACACACCUUAGCUGGAUACAAAACAUAUUAUGAAACAGAAUGACUGUGAUCUUUGAUCCGAGAAAUCAAAGUGAAAGUUAAUGAAAUUAUCAGGAAGGAGUUUUCAGGACCUCCCGCCAGAAAUCAGACGUAAAAGAAGCCAUUAUAGCAAGACACCUUGUGUAUCUGACCCCUCGGAGCCCUCCACUGCCCCUCACCUUCUGUCUCCCUUCAUGUUCAUCUCCCAGCGGAUCGAGUAUGAGCACAAAGCGGACUCUCGCUUAAGGAGCUCACCACCUCCCUCUAAACAUCAGAGAGAACUCUUCCUUUUGUUGUAUGUUUUAAAUCCCAGCGAGCAUCCUGGUUGAUCUUAAUGGUGUUCCGUCCAAAUAUUAAGCGCCUGCUGACCAAAAGCACAUUCUGCACAAGACAGGACUCUGGAACGCGCCUGAGAACAGAGUGACUGGAGCUUGGAGGGGUGGGCGGGGGACAGAAGAUGUGGGCACGGCGAUUAAACCCCAGCCCUUGCGUUCGUUUUUCCAGGUCACAGAUACAGCUCCUGUACCUUUUGAAGGAAAGGAGUUCUCAGACAGAGCAACCAAAGGAACGUGACCCAAGAGCCCGGCUUACAGGCUGAAGAAACCCAAAACCCUCUUGGUAGAGACAGAAACUGAACCGUCAGUCCUUAGACCUCGCCCAGUCUCAGCCACCACUGGGCCACGGCUAAAGCUUUAUUUUUGAAUUCUCAUUCCAAAACAAAAACUGUCUUGCGCAGACAAGAUCACCUGUUAAGACUUCUUGGCGUUAAGUUAUGACACGUAUAUGCGUUUGUUAUUUUAUUUUUUUCCUGCUUUAAAAAGCUGGCCAAGGCAUCUAGCACUCCAGCUGUCUUGGCGAGCUUUUCUUAACCCCCGCAGCACGCCAUCCUGCUAACACGAUUUCCAUAGACUUGGGGGGCUGACCCAGGCUGCAGAGAGCAAGCACCUGUCUGCUGUAGCUGCACAACCUAGAUGCUUUGCAAGGUUCCAGCUUGCUCUCUUCCUAGCAGCCAGAGCGCUUUUCCAUAAAGCAGUGGAGAAUCUCAAGCAAGUGCGUUGAAUUGAGGAAUAGCAGAAGGGCUACAGAACCGAGAAGGGAAGUGUGGGUAUUCUUGUUAAGCAAAACAGCCCAAGUGCUUCUGGAAGCGGGUUUCUACCAAGAUAGAGGAAAAAGGCUGAAUUCCCUCUAUCCUAAAUUCAAAGUGGGACAGAGAAGCUCAGGAUGCUGUUCCAAGGUUCAAUGGUUAAUUUCAUUGUUUAAGUUCACCUGAAUCUAUUAAAGCUCCCUUCUGCCCCUGAAGACCUGUCUGUAUUAGAAUUCCAACACAAAGAAAUCUACUUGAAUGCAUCCUUCAGUUUGAAUGAGCUCUGUUCAGACCAGUUGUGUGUUAUAUGUGAUUUCCUUCCUUCCAACUGCUUCCAUUGAGCGCACCCACGGUCUCCCCUAGUCCUCCUUUGGUGCGAUUUUUAUGAUUUUUUACAAACAAAAUCCUCAAAGUUCUUGGCAGAGGUGUUUACUGCAGAUACCCCAGGACCAGCGGGGAUUCAUUUUCAGCCAUUCAUUUGUUUACUCAAUAAUCCACAACAAAGUGAAAAUAUUCUUAGCACUCAGACUGUACUUAGAGUGUUUUCUCAGUUCAGUCUGUAGGCAGAAGGCCUAAGAAGAAAGUCAUGGCUAUUCAGUGCACACCGUGGGCUUUGUCAGCCCUGGCUCUCCUGUCAAGGUUACCCAGAGGCAAAAGCUUCCUGAGAGUGGGGCCAGGUGUGCUUGGCACUCCAGAUAGAAGACAAAAUGCUCAGAUUCCAGCCUGCGCACUUGUAUGCAACCUGUUGGUCAAUACCUAGCAUUUAUUUUUCCCUAACAAUGGACGGCCUUUCCCUCACCUACCCUGAGCUCAGAGUUGAGCAACAUUCUCUUUUAAAUAAAGAGAAUGCCAGUAAGAGGCUGACUCCCACCAUAGAACUCCUGGGAUGCUAAAUACUUCCUUAUGAACAAAACAAGUUCCUAUACGAGCAGCUUCACCUAAAGACUUUUCUCUCCAGCAAUAUGGACUUCAUUGGGGAAAAGCCAAGAGUGUGGUGAGUGAUUUGAUCUCACUUGACCUGGCUAGGAGCCACUUUUUGCACAUGGGGGAAUUUGGCCUUUCCUCAGUUAUCUGAAUGUUUUACCCAAGUGCCUUCCUGCUAUUGUAGCAAAGUAGCUCUGCUUCCUUGCCCACAAGGUGAAAAAGGAGUAAUGCAUUUUCCAUCAGUUUAUGUUUGCAAAAAGGCCUCCUGGUAGCUCAGCCUCCCGUACGCAUGUGUGUGUGUAAUACACACACAAACCCCUCUCUUUUUCUAGACAUCUUAGCUGGAUAUUAUAGGAAGCACUUUCCUAAACAACUAUACCAAAUAGCAAAGGAAAGAGAAACAAACGCAUUAGAUUUGAGACAUAAACAGGCAAGAGAAAGUGUAUUAGGAACUGACAGCUAUCGAGGAAGUCUUUUUGGUCAGUUACAAAUGCUAGGAGGAAAUUUUGCCAAGAAUGAUGGCUCAUGAAAUAUUUUCGGUAUGGGAAGAGGCAAUAAGAUCCUCUAAGAGAACGAGAAAGUAGGGGUGUCUAAAUGGUAAAGAUGGGUGUGUUGCACGUGUGUUAGAAGGAUCUCAGCUAAGUCAAGGUUUGCUCUUGCUAUAUCUAAGUUAACGUAAACAUAUAGCACUUGACAGACCUACCAUGUUGCUGAAUGUAGUAUAUUUCCAAAGUUUGCAAGUCUUCCUGUAUUAUAUAAAAAUGCUGCUGCUUGAUAAUAUAUAUAGCAAUCCAGAUUAAUUAGUAUGUUAUUAAAUUUUAUUUUCUUACCUGUAUUUUUAUGCUUGUUACCUGUCCUCAAAAUAUUACACCCCUGUUGGAAUUAGAUUUAUAUUUAUAAAUGGUCAGAAAUCUUUUGAAGCGUCUCUUUUUACACAUAGGUUGACUCUGUUUUUCUUAAGAGAAAUGACAUGUUCUUGAAACAUUUGUUAAUCAUUCCAGGAAACAAAAAGCCUUAUCACAAAAUCCCCACUCAGAGCCUGUUAGUCACCUGUAUAGAAGACAGACAGCAUCUCAGGAGAAGGAAUGGCUUUGCGGAAGAAGGGCACCUUUUUCUUGCUCAAGAGUUAUGCUGACGUCAGCCCUGAGCCUGGAUCUAGUCGCUGAGAAUCAUCAAGUGUCUAGAUCUCCCUCCAAAACAAGUAGUCUAGUGGGUGAUAUUGAUUUUAAAAACUGGCACCAAAACUCUGCCUUCAUUGUAAUGGAAUUCGAAAAAGAAUUCAUGUUCACAGAACCCUCUGUUCAGGCUAAUCUUUACAGAGGGGACCAAAGCUAAAUCCUGGUAGGUAAUUCCUGUAGGCUUUAUCCAAAGGACAGUUUUCCAGCACAGACAUAACCAUGGAUGAACUGAUUCCUUCAAAAAAAACUGGGAGGCACUGAUAUUGCAUUUUUUUUUGUUUACAUCCAACAGCCAAGACGUCUGCUGCAGUGAGUCAGUCUCGGGGACUGUCACAUUUAGGCAGAUCGGAAGUUGGUAUGUUCUGUUUGUCACUCUGGAUUACAGUGAGGCUGAAUUUGUCAUGUCAAGGAAAAAUAAAAGACCUCUCCAAGUGCUUUCUAUUGCUCAGAAUUGAAAGAAUGUUUUCAUUUCGAGUUUACAAGAGGCAUGGAUGGAGUUGUGACGUUCUUGACAAGCUGGGCUAACCUUUCCCGAACUCAUUUCCUGGAGGCACGGUGCUUGGUGACCCAACACAUCUUAACCUUGGGUCUCCUAGGCUGGAGGCUUGGGCAUUAAGUUUUGUGGAACCAAAACAACCAACUGCAUAUAAGUAUAUUCCUGCAUUCCAACUAAGUGCUUAAGAAGAAGCAGCUUCACAUACAAUUGUGAUCAGAAUCAUCCACUUCCCUCAGCCUUUGUGAGUGCCUUGACCUAAGCCAACAUCACUGUCUUAACUGAGUGUUUAAGAACAAACUUUUCUGGUGGUUGGUAACAGAGAGAUGCUCCCUGAACCCUCAGGGUCCUGGGAACUGGAAGCGAAAGGGUUAUUAACAUUCUACCUUUCUGCAGCUAUUGGUGGACUAAACUCCCUGCUGAGUUCAGGCUUUGAAUGGAAUGGAUGCAAAUGAUGUUUCCAUUAGAGCAGGUGCUCACCGCAUUCUGAUUGGCCUGAGCAGGCAGAGGCUGUGGUUGUUGGAACCACAAGCUUAGCAUCCUGGACAUCUUGUCAAAGAACCUCACUCACCCCUAUGGCCUCUACAGACCUUAGAGGAGAGAAAACCAAUACAGUUCUCCAACAAAUAGAGAUCUCUCCAACACGGUGGUGCUGGCAGGCUUAGGUUUGGAAAAUCCUGACUGUUAAAGGCGUUUGAAUACAUCACAUUCCUAUGCAAAUGUUUUUAAUCUCCAGUUUAAUGUAGUUUAUUUUUCCUAUAUGUAAAGUAUUUUUAUACGGCUUGUAUCAUGAUAGUUUAGCAAUAAAACAGUUGGAAGCAACAGCUA